CCCGGGCGGUGACGUGACGUGCUGACGGCGGGCCGGUGCCGGGGAGCUGGGCCGCUUUUUGUCAGCUCCGAGCUCGGCCCCUCCUCCCUCCCUCCGCCCGCCCCACCAACCGGAGCCCGGCCCAGUACUCCAAAGAAAGGCCUGCUUGCAGCACCCGCCACCGUCGCCGGCCGCCCGCACGCCUGUCCGGUUCUUGCUAUAUUGGGCUCAAGCUGUUUUCCAGCCUCCCACUGCCGUCUGGCCCCUGAGCUGUGCUUCACGCUGGGAAAGACAUAGAAGAACUAUUAAGAAGAUAGAAUUGUUUUGCUGCGCAGUACAGCAACAGUGGAUGUUCGAGAUUUAAGAUUAGAGUCAAGUUGUGUGAUUAAGACAGGAGCUGUGACUGAUGAGAAUUAAAGGCCAUGGAUGAAGAUGGGCUUGAAUUACAACCACAAGAGCCAAACUCAUUUUUUGAUGCAACAGGAGCUGAUGGUACACACAUGGAUGGUGAUCAAAUUGUUGUGGAAGUACAAGAAACUGUUUUUGUUUCAGAUGUUGUGGAUUCAGACAUAACUGUGCAUAACUUUGUUCCUGAUGACCCAGAUUCGGUUGUAAUCCAAGAUGUUAUUGAGGACGUUGUUAUAGAAGAUGUUCAGUGCCCAGAUAUCAUGGAAGAAGCAGAUGUAUCUGAAACAGUCAUCAUUCCUGAGCAAGUGCUGGACUCAGAUGUAACUGAAGAAGUUUCUUUAGCACAUUGCACCGUCCCAGAUGAUGUUUUAGCUUCUGACAUUACUUCAGCCUCGAUGUCUAUGCCAGAACACGUCUUGACGAGUGAAUCUAUACAUGUGUCUGAUGUUGGACAUGUUGGACAUGUUGAACAUGUGGUUCAUGACAGUGUAGUAGAAGCAGAAAUUGUCACGGAUCCUCUGACCACCGACGUAGUUUCAGAAGAAGUAUUGGUAGCAGACUGUGCCUCUGAAGCAGUCAUAGAUGCCAAUGGGAUCCCUGUGGACCAGCAAGAUGAUGACAAAGGCAACUGUGAGGACUACCUUAUGAUUUCCUUGGAUGAUGCUGGCAAAAUAGAACACGACGGUUCUUCUGGAAUGACCAUGGACACAGAGUCGGAAAUUGAUCCUUGUAAAGUGGAUGGCUCUUGCCCUGAGGUCAUCAAGGUGUACAUUUUUAAAGCUGACCCUGGAGAAGAUGACUUAGGUGGAACUGUAGACAUUGUGGAGAGUGAGCCUGAGAAUGAUCAUGGAGUUGAACUGCUUGAUCAGAACAGCAGUAUUCGUGUUCCCAGGGAAAAGAUGGUUUAUAUGACUGUCGAAAAAGGAGCCAACAAAAUGCACAAGUGUAAAUUCUCUGAACAAGGGCUAUUGAAUCGCCACCUCUUGGCGGUCCACAGCAAGAACUUUCCUCAUAUUUGUGUGGAGUGUGGUAAGGGUUUUCGUCACCCAUCAGAGCUCAAAAAGCACAUGAGAAUCCAUACUGGGGAGAAGCCGUACCAAUGCCAGUACUGCGAAUAUAGGUCUGCAGACUCUUCUAACUUGAAAACGCAUGUAAAAACUAAGCAUAGUAAAGAGAUGCCAUUCAAGUGUGACAUUUGUCUUCUGACUUUCUCGGAUACCAAAGAGGUGCAGCAACAUGCUCUUAUCCACCAAGAAAGCAAAACACACCAGUGUUUGCAUUGUGACCACAAGAGUUCGAACUCGAGUGAUUUGAAACGACACAUAAUUUCAGUUCACACGAAAGACUACCCCCAUAAGUGUGACAUGUGUGAUAAAGGCUUUCACAGGCCUUCAGAACUCAAGAAACAUGUGGCUGCCCACAAGGGCAAAAAAAUGCACCAGUGUAGACAUUGUGACUUUAAGAUUGCAGAUCCUUUUGUUCUAAGUCGCCAUAUUCUCUCAGUUCACACAAAGGAUCUUCCGUUUAGGUGUAAGAGAUGUAGAAAGGGAUUCAGGCAACAGAAUGAGCUUAAAAAGCAUAUGAAGACACACAGUGGCAGGAAAGUGUAUCAGUGUGAGUACUGUGAGUAUAGCACUACAGAUGCCUCAGGCUUUAAACGACAUGUUAUUUCCAUUCACACGAAAGACUAUCCUCACCGGUGUGAGUACUGCAAGAAAGGCUUCCGAAGACCUUCAGAAAAGAACCAGCACAUAAUGCGACAUCAUAAAGAAGUUGGCCUGCCCUAACGAUACUUGUGCAGACGUUUGUAGAGAUAUUGGCCUUGAAGCAGAAAAUUCAUUUUAAAGCCAAUCAAUCUCAUUCACAUACAAUACUGUAUAUUGAUUUAUGCUGUGUACAAAUAGAUUUACUGCUUCUAGUUGACUUUUUUUAAUAUACAUUUUGUUCAGUAGUGUGUUCUGAAUUCUAUUCAGUUUGUUUAAUAAAUGGGGAAAACUGGCAACGUGCUAGUUACUUUUAAUAAAGUAAUCCCUGAUUCUAUACUGAAUUUUUAUAUCUUAGAAGUUUUAUAUUUAUUUAAAUAUUUACCUUGCUUACCUUGAUGGUACUCUUCUAAGACCAUUAACUUAAGGUAACUUUACAUUGGUAACUCUGAAAGUAUUCAUGUUGACUCAUUAUUUUUCCCCAUGCAUUUCUCACAAUAAAAUCGUCAGAGACAUCUACUAAUAUAAAUGGGAGAUUUUACAGUCAGGUCUAAUUAGCAUAAGAUGGAAGUCAUUUACUUGUCUUGGUUAAUAUUUUCAGACCACUUGACAGUGAAAGUUGCCAUUUGAGCUUUUGUGUCCCUGGCUUUGCUGAGUAAAGAACAGUGGCUGGGUUCGUGUUUACUUUUCAUUUUGUUUAGCAGAUAAAAUAAUACUUCUUUUGGCUUUCUUUGGAUUAUUUACAUCUUUUGUCAGCAUAGCAAACUUAGAAAACCUUAUUGAAAAAUUUUCCUUGAUCCUGUUGUAUUUUGAUUAUUCUGUCUGUGCGGCUUCGUCUUGGAAUGGUUGUGUGCUACAAAUGACACGUACUGAGGACUGCAGUUCGGAAUCUCCUAGAGGUAACUUGUGGCUUAUAGGAUCUUUUGCAACUUUAUAUAUGUAAAUGUACCCUGAAUUAUAUAUAUACACAUAUAUAUCAUGUACCUGUGUGUAUUGCUUACUUUACAUAUUUAUACACACGACCCCAAGUAGUAGUUGUUUAAAAUCUGUAAUUAAAAAUAUUAAAUUUACAGUAACAUGAAAGAUCCAGGGAUGCAUGAGAGAGCAUUUUGUAAGUCAUGCUCUUCAGAGAGACUACUCAGGUGAAGAAUUAGAAGGAAAAUAAGGACACUAGUAUUUUUAAAAAGUAAAGGUAUUUUCUUUUAAAUAUCUUUGGUAAUUGAAAAAUAGAGGUUAAGAUGUUUCUAGGUAUAAUGUUUUCAUACAGUUUCAGCUCCAUGUCUUUAUAUAUUUUUGAAAAGCAAAUGAGUAUCCAGACAUGACUCCUACAGUUCUCUUUGAGAAGCCUGAGAGGGAACUCUGUCUUAUUUAGUGAGGGGGAUGGAAAAGCAGCGAUAGCUCUGUGGACCAGAGAACAGGUGCUAAUUAUGACUUCACACUUGGCAAGUUCAGCCUGAUGUGUUAUUUCUUAGACAGUUACAGUUAGCAAACUUUAAAAACUUAACACUCAAGUUGGCUUUGAUUAAAAGGUAAAGAUGUGUUUUAAGUGGAUAAGGAAAGUCUGAGGCCUUAUUUGGAACAUCACUAAGUCUUCCACAGUUUUUUUGAGAGUUGGCAUUUUUUAACAGUUCUGAAUCAGUGUCAUACAUUCAUAAAACGAAUUCUGUUGAUUAGAACUUGGUUGUGCUAAGACAAAUCUUGGAGAACAGAAAACAGUUUUUGGGGUCCCUUCAAUUGGCUAUUGGUUUAUAUGCAUCUAGCACAUUGAAGGAGAACUAGAAAUUGUCUUCCCACUCAGUAGCUGCCUUGCCACCUCAUUAUGGUGCUCCAUCCCCUUUGUGCUUAGGUUUUUACCUUUCAUCUUUCUCUUUGCCAUUGAUGUUUGUAUUCAAGAGUUAUAUUUUUAGGGUUAGAAAUCAAAAUAUUUGGUGUUUGGCAAGCCUCUGAAGUGCUAGACUGACUUAGUCUAGUUUUAAAUCAAGUGCUUUAGGCAGGUGUGAACUCUAGCCUAAAUGCCCGUCAAAGUCAAGGCAUGGGUUUUUCCUAGCCUAUCUCAUAGCAAAUUCCUGUACCUUCUUGGCCCACAUAAUGUGCUGGUUUUUUUUUUUUUUUUUAAUGAACUUAAAAUUAUAUGAUUUGUAAUUCAUUGCCCUGCGAUUCUUGAAAGCUCUGUCUGUUUUUUUGUGAGAACCUUUAAAAUCUCCCUUGAUUUUUAUUUUUCCCAGAAGUAAUGUAAAAACACUUAAAUGAAAGUGGAAGUGUAUUAAUUUUAAAUCCUAUAAAAUUAAUACAGAAAAUAUAAAUGAUUGGGUCAUUUAACUAUAUUUUUUUAAAUAAACUGAAAGAUAAAGAACACAACACUUUACACAUUUUAUAUUUCUCUUACAUAGUCUGGAAUCAUACACAGUUCUUUUCUUUUUAAAGCACAAUAUUAAAACCUUUAAAAGGUAUUUAAGGGUCUGGUCAAGUGAAUAUGAUAAAACGUAUUUGUCUGUAUAAAGAGAAAAUGAAAUUGUAGUCACUGUUAUGUACUGACAUUAGUUACAACCUAGUUUUAAUUCUUAAAACAAUUUUGAUUAGCAAAGCUAAAAAGACAAGGAUGCUUCAGUUAAAAUGUUUUAAAGAGGUACAGAUUUUUACAAGGACAUAAUAUAAGUUAUUGUUCUGUAGAAAUAUCCUAUUAAAUAUUGUAUGUCCCUCCCUCUGUAUACUUUGUAAAAAAAGUAAAAUACAUAAAAAGAAAAUCAUAUAGGGAUGUGUGACAUUAUUGUAAUUGUGUACUUGAGAAUAACGUGCAAAAAUAAAAAUCAGAAUAUUUUCCUGUUAUUGAAUGUUUAGUCUAUUUGAUACCAGUACUAAGUUAAUGAUUUUUCUUAAGGAAAAAAAUGUACAGUUUUUGUAAACCUAAUAAACAUCAAAAGCAGUGGAUUAUUUUCAUCCCCCCCAUUUCUUAAUUCCUUUUACGCAGCAGUGGAAUGCAAAGUGCUCGAUUGCUUUGAAUUUUGUGACUCAGAUGCAAAUACUGGUAAUAUUUCAGUCCUGUGAAUUUGCAAGUAGUAUUUCAGAGAAGAGGUGAUUGGUGAGUCCUUUGAUGAGCAUGUCCUUGGAAUUCAUUUUUUCUUUUAUCUUCAUAAAGGAUCUGUUUUAUUAGCAUCUCCAAUUCCUCUGAGAUGAAUUACCUAUGCAUAAAGUGGUUUUUGAGAGCACUUAAAGUUCAUUUCAGUAUUAAUUCACAGCAUAUUUAAUCAGUGGGAACUGUAACCACCUCCACAGCAGAAAUCGUGCCCUCAAGUUACCCCUUUGUGCCCAGUUUAGAGGACUCUAGUAGACGCUAACAUACUAGAGAGUGGUCAUUGCUGCAGUUAAAAAUAGGCAGUUAAGUAAAUGUCAGGAGUCAAAAGAGAUAGAGUUGUGCCAUCUUUGGUUUUAUAGACAAGAUUCUGCAGUUCUUCCAACUGUAUGAGCAAGCAAAUGUUUGCCUAACAAUUGAAACAGUAAAUCAGAAUUUUAGGUAAAUGACCAAGGGAAUGUGGUGAUGAAUGUCACUGUCCAGAGCCAUAAAUCGGACAAAACCAUAGCAUGCUGAAAAACUUAAGUUGUAAUGGAACGUCCAACAGAUGAUACCUAACCUGUCUGUGAUCCCAACCAGUCAGAUAAUGUGCAUCUGUAUUACCUGGAAAUCUCAGUAUUAACAAUUGCAUUUCACACAAAUUCUAGCAUUCAUGUAAGGAAAAACAUGGCUAAUCAAUAUCUUAAAGGGGGGGCAAUCUUUCAGAGCAGUGGUUUUCAAAGUGUGGCCUGCAGCAUUGGCAGCAUCUUAAUCUCCUGGGACUUUGUUAAAGAUGCAAAUUCUCAGCCCCAUGCUAGUCCUACUGAAUUGGGAAACUGGUGUGCGACCCAGCAAUCUUUGUUUUAAUAUGUUCUCCAAGUGAUUCUGAUGCCUGUUAAAGCUUAGGAAACUUUUAGAGCACUUGAGGAACCUAAAAGAUGACUGGUUCAACAUUUAGUGUGGUAGAUGAGAAAAUCACAAAAAAAAUCAGAAAUGAACAGUGGGAGAAGAAUAGGACCCAGACGGUAGUUUAUACCUUCGGUUUGCUGUUUUAAAAGUGUGAGCCUGCCAAGUCAACAAGUAUAUAUCCUUUAGCACACAUGUAAAUAGCCUGCACUUCCUAAAUCUUGUGUGGCCUCCCAUAGUUACAUUCCUUAAAGGUAAAUUGGGUUCAGAGGAAGUUUCAGCAUUUAAAAGAGAAGGGCUGAGAAAGAUUUGUGUGUUUUAAUUGGCCCAGGGUUACUUAAGGAAAUCAUUAUCGAAAAAACCAUUUUGCCACAUUCUGCAACUGUUUGAGGUCAAAUUAAGUUUACCCUAUGGAUUUUGUUUCAUCUUUUGUUUCGUGUAUAUAUUGUUUGCCUUUUUCAUAAAAAUCUUGGAUUUGUUAUAUAUUGUUCCUGUUAUUUUUGACAUCUUUCCUAUUGUAAAUAAAUUACUAUUUUGUUUUAA